AUGAACUUUACCCAGGUGCCAGGGCUAUCUACUCCACCAGCACGUGGUCCCACGCUGACAACCAGGAAGUAGUGGAGGCGGUCCUAAACACCAGGCCAUGGGCGGAGAUUUAAUACCAGGAGGAGGAGCUAACUUCACCUUUGCCCAGACCUGCUCGUUAGGCCACACACCCCAGUUAGGCCACACACCCUCAUCAGGCCUCCUGGUGGUCCCACAGCAGGGUCAGACCUGGGGAACAAUGUUCCUGUCUCACAUUCAUGAGGACUCACUGAACUAAUUGAUUGAUUCUCUGAUUUCCUUUCUCCCAUCAAGAGGUUGCACUGACUGACUGACUAAUUGAUCGAUUCUCUGAUUUCCUGUCUCACAUCAAGAGGACUGACUGACGGAUUGAUUCUCUGAUUUCCUGUCUCACAUCAAGAGGACUGAGUGACCGACUGAUUGAUUCUCUGAUUUCCUGUCUCACAUCAAGAGGACUGAGUGACCGACUGAUUGAUUCUCUGAUUUCCUGUCUCACAUCCAGAGGACUGACUGACUGAAUGAUAUCCUGUGUCACAUCAUGAGGACUGACUGACUGAAUGAUAUCCUGUGUCACAUCCAGAGGACUGACUGAUGAUGUCAAAGACUGAGGCUGUUCUUCAGCUAUACCACAAUUCAACAUGUUUUAGUGAGACGUCCAAUGCUAACGAGAAAACUCUCCUGGGCUGCGUUCUGAAUAGCACCCUAUUCCCUAUAUAGUGCACAACUUUUGACCAGAGCCCUUGAUUUCACAUGCUCUUUCCUGUCUCACAUCAAGAAGACCCACUGAAUUCUCUCAUACCGCACUCUGAAUACUGACCUCUGAAUACUCCACUCAACUGUUUUUGACACAAAGAAGUUUAUUUAUGAUUAUAAAAUGCUGUUCAUACAUUGUACUAAAAGCAUCAUGUUAACUUUUUGUAAAUACCUACAGGAGGGUAGCUCUCCAGGAACAGGGUUGGAGAGCCCUUUGCACACUCUUAGCAUUCUCGCAACCAGCUUCAUGAGGAAUGCUUUUCCAACCAUCUUGAAGGAGUUCCCACAUUUGCCGAGCACCUGUUGGCUGCUUUUCCUUCACCUGUUGGUCCAACUCAUCCCAAACCAUCUCAAUUGGGUUGAGGUCGGGUGAUUGUGGAGGCCAGGUCAUCUGAUGCAGCACUCCAUCACUCUCCUUGGUAAAAAUAGCCCUUACACAGCCUGGAGGUGUGUUUUGGGUCAUUGUCCUGUUGAAAAACAAAUGAUAGUCCCACUAAGCGCAAACCAGAUGGGAUGGCGUUUCGCUGCAGAAUGCUGUGGUAGCCAUGCUGGUUAAGUGUGCAUUGAAAUCUAAAUAAAUCACAGACAAUGUCACCAGCAAAGCACCCCAACACCAUCACACCUCCUCCUCCAUGCUUCAUGGUGGGAACCACACAUGCGGAGAUCAUCCGUUCACCUACUCUGCGUCUCACAAAGACACGGCGGUUGGAACCAAAAAUCUCAAAUUUGGACUCAUCAGACCAAAGGACAGAUUUCUACUGGUCUGAUGUCCAUUGCUCGUGUUUCUUGGCCCAAGCAAGUCUCUUCUUAUUAUUGGUGUCCUUUAGUAGUGGUUUCUUUGCAGCAAUUCGAUCAUGAAGGCCUGAUUCACACAGUCUCCUCUGAACAGUUGAUGUUGAGAUGUGUCUGUGACUUGAACUGCAAUCUGAGGUGCAGUUAACUAAUGAACUUAUCCUUUGCAGCAGAGGUAACUAUGGGUCUUCCUUUCCUGUGGCAGUCCUCAUGAGAGCCAGUUUCAUCAUAGCGCUUGAUGGUUUUUGCGACUGCACUUGAAGAAACUUUCAAAGUUCUUGAAGUUUUCCGGAUUGACUGACCUUCAUGUCUUAAAGUAAUGAUGGACUGUCAUUUCUCUUUGCUUAUUUGAGCUGUUCUUGCCAUAAUAUGGACUUGGACCAAAUAGGGCUAUCUUCUGUAUACCCCCUACCUUGUCACAGCACAACUGAUUGGCUCAAACGCAUUAAGAAGGAAAUAAAUUAAACAAAUGAACUUUUAACAAGGCACACCUGUUAAUUGAAAUGCAUUCCAGGUGACUACCUCAUGAAGCUGGUUGAGAGAAUGCCAAGAGUGUGCAAAGCUGUCAUCAAGGCAACGGGCGGCUACUUUGAAGAAUCUCAAAUAUAAAAUACAUUUUGAUUUGUUUUAACACUUUUUUGGAUACUACAUGAUUCCAUAUGUGUUAUUUCAUAGUUUUGAUGUCUUCACUAUUAUUCUACAAUGUAGAAUAAUAGGGACGUGGAAAGGGUGUGAGACAAUGUAGAAUAAUUGUAAAAAUAAAGAAAAACCCUGGAAUGAGUAGGUGUGUCUAAACUUUUGACUGGUAGUGUAUAUAUAUAUAUAUAUAUAUAUAUAUCUAACAAUGGGGUGUGGAAAGGGUGUGAGACAGGAAACAUUUUAGCAGUGCCAUUUCUCCGCCUUCGCGGCAUUGAACUGUGGUUCUUCAAUGUUUUCCUGCCCCUGUCGAAUGGAUACAACAUUUGUGGAUCUUUAGAAAAUGUCUCCUGUAUCUGCCGUUUCCAUCAUGUUGCAAUGAUUUCUUUGCUAAAUGUUUUUUUGUCAAAUAAACCUAGGCCAAUGGAAACCUGUCUACUGAUGCCAUCUCUAGAUCCUGCAAUGCAAACUAGGCUCCACUGUCACAAUCAGGACUAGGUGACUGUAGGGUUGGAAUCAGUGUGGAAGGAGAGAGGCAGGCUGGGUUUGUCCUCACUGUUAAUCUGUCAACUCUGGAUAGGAUCCCAGUCCUAAAUAGAAGUCUGAGAUCAACUUCAUGUUCCCCUGUGAAUGCCACACCCCCUUCCAUUGUACCGUAUGCAUGAACACAUUUUGAACAAUGGCUGCCCAAUAUGCUGUGGUCCUUACUAACACAAUAGGAAAGGUUAUGGUUGAUGUCGGCCAUCACGUGAGAACUCAGGUCUUUCACUCUGAAUAUUCAUAUCAAUGACUCACCCGCAAAUGGACCAUCAAUACCGGAGUUCUACAAUACUAUUUACAUAAUCAAUGGUACAUUACAACAGCCUGAACCUCAAUAUAGUCCUGGGCAUAUAUUGAACUCUAACAAUGGGGGAUGGAAAGGGUCUGCUGAAAUAAAUACUGUAGUGGUGUGAGAAAGGUAACACAAGCUUCCUCUCUGGUUCCAUUCCCCAAUAGAUAGUGGGUCAUUCUUGGGAUUGUGGUGGUAAUGCUGUCCCUGGACUUUGGUACCAUAAAAAAAAAAAAGACAAAUACAUUUAUUUAACAAGAAACUUAUCUAAAUCCUUUAUACUGAUAAACAUAUAUUUGUAUGCAUUGUAGAAAAUACUGGUGCCUAGCUAAUUGGCUUGUCCCAAUGGUGAUGUGUAGAGGUGUAGUGACAUGUUUUGACUAGAUAGAUAGACACAUGAUUUUGAAUGCCAUGAAUUAAAGAAAAACAUUGCAUUUUCUGUAUAGAUAACCGAAAAAACUAAGGUUUAUUUUUUAUUAGCAGAUCAAUUAAGUUCAUUGCAGUUAUCCAAAUACAUUAAUCAUCAAUGGCUAAAAUAAUGAAUCUAUUUUUAAAAUACAAUUUAAUAAACACAUGUAGUCAUUUCGUAGCCUGUGUAUCAUUAAACAAAAGUCAUUUAGUAGUAAAACAUUAUCCACCCAGGACCAAAGUUUGGGAAACCCUGAUUUAGCAGACGCUCCCAUCCAGAGCCGACCCACAGCUUGGGCAUUCAUCUUAAGAUAGCCAGGUGAGACAACCACACAUCAGUCGUAUCCCAACCACGUAUCACAAUACAAUACAUAAUACAAUAUAAAAUACCAUAUACAGGCACUUGGAAAGUAUUCAGACUCCUUGACUUUUUCCACAUUUUGUUACGUUACAGCCCUAUCCUAAAAAUGGAUUAAAUUGUUUUAUCCCCCCCUCACCAAUCUCCACACAAUACCCCAUAAUAACAAGACAAAAACAGUUCAAAAGUUUUAACAAAUGUAUUAAAAAUAAGUAACUUAAAUAUGACAUUUACAUAAGCAUUUAGACCCUUUAUCAGUACUUUGUUGAAGCACCUUUGGCAGCGAUUACAGCCUCGAGUCUUCUUGGGUAUGACGCUACAAGCUUGGCACACCUGUAUUUGGGGAGUUUCUUCCAUUCUUCUCUGCAGAUCCUCUCAACCUCUGUCAGGUUGGACGGGGAGCGUCGAUGCACAGCUAUUUUCAGGUCUCUCCAGAGAUGUUCGAUCGGGUUCAAGUCCGGGCUCUGGCUGGGCCACUCAAGGACAUUCAGAGACUUGUCCCAAAGCCACUCCUGCAUUGUCUUGGCUGUGUGCUUAGGGUCGUUGUCCUGUUGGAAUGUGAACCUUCGCCCCAGUCUGAUGUCCUGAGUGCUCUGGAGCAGGUUUUCAUUAAGGAGCUCUCUGUACUUCGCUCUGUUCAUCUUUGCCUCGAUCCUGACUUGCUUUGUCAUUAUGGGGUAUUGUGUAUAGAUUGAUGAGGAAAAAAAGCAAAUUAAUCAAUUUUAGAAUAAGGCUGUAAUGUAACAAAAUGUGGAAAAAGGGAAGGGGUCUGAAUACUUUCCCAAUGCACAGUUUGUUUAUUUAUCAACGUUCCUAAUAUUAAGUACAUUGCUUCGCUUUACAACAGGAGUAGCAUACCUGGCUUGAUAAAAAUGAAGCGUGGGAAAAACAUGACAUAUAAUUCACACACAUUAUUUAGUAUAUGUAAAGACAAAAUUAACUUAAGAAAAUUCCUAUUGGUUGACAACACUGUCACUUGUGAAUGAUGUAUUAUCACGUGUGAAUGAUGCCCAGCGUGUGCAGUCUUAAGGCAAGAAACAGAGCAUGCCUUUUUCCAAAUCAUAGACGCACGCAUCACGUAGCCUAGCCCAUAGGCCUUGUUGUUUUGAUAAAGGUUUGUAUCACAACUAAAGUGUUGAAAUAACUCCAACCUUAGCUUACAGGCCUAGGGCCCCUGGAACACGGUUGGAGAACACAUAGCCUACAGAUAUUUUUAUAAUCAGCAUUGACCCAACAAUGAUAAAUAGUGAUAUGCGCGCUCACAGGGGUUAUUGCCGAUGCUCUCCUCUGGUGCCAAUAAGAUCGGCUAUGCAGUUGUUCGCUCAGGUUGAGCAUUUUGAUAACUACAAUAAAAGCCAGAUUAGUCUCUUCAUAGUCUUCUCUUCACAGCAAUAACCACUUGCUUUCCAAACUACACUAUAUAGACACACAAAAAUAUGUGGACACCCCUUCAAAAUGAGUGAUUUAGCUCUUUCAGAUCCACUCGAUGCUGACAGGUGUAUAAAAAUCAAGCACACUGCCAUGCAAUCUCCAUAGACAAACAUUGGCAGAAGAAUGGCCUUACUGAAGAGCUCAGUGACUUUCAACGUGGCACCGUUAUAGGAUGCCACCUUUCCAAAAAGUCAGUUCAUCAAAUUUCUGCCCUGCUAGAGCUGCCCCCGGUCAACUAAGUGCUGUUAUUGUGAAGUGGAAAUGUCUAGGAGCAGCAACGGCCCAGCCGUGAAGUGGUAGGCCACACAAGCUCACAGAACAGGACCGCUGAAGCACGUAAAAAUUGUCUCGGUUGCAACAUUCACAGCCGAGUUCCAAACUACCUCUGGAAGCAACGUCAGCACAAUAACUGUUCGUCGGGAGCUUCAUGAAAUGGGUUUCCAUGACCGAGCAAACCGCACACAAGCCUAAGAUCACCAUGCGCAAUGCUAAGCGUCAGCUGGAUUGGUGUAAAGCUCACCACCAUUGGACACUGGAGCAGAGAACACUGGAAACAUGUUCUCUGCAGUGAUUAAUCAUCCUUCACCAUCUGGAAGUCCGACAGACAAAUCUGGAUUUGGUGGAUGCCAGGAGAACGCUACCUGCCCCAAUGCAUAGUGCCAACUGUAAAGUUUGGUGGAGGAGGAAUAAUGGUCUGGGGCUGUUUUUCAUGGUUCGGGCUAGGCCCCUUAAUUCCAGUGAAGGGAAAUCUUAACGCUACACCAUACAAUGACAUUCUAGAUGAUUCUGUGCUUCCAGCUUUGUGGAAGACCCUUUCCUGUUUCAGCAUGACAAUGCCCCCAUGCUCAAAGCGAGGUCCAUACUGAAAUGGUUUGUCGAGAUCUGUGUGGAAGAACUUGACCGGCCUGCACAGAACCCUGACCUCAACCCCAUCGAACACCUUUGGUAUGAAUUGGAAUGCCGACUAAAAGCCAGGCCUAAUUGCCCAACAUCAGUGCCUGACCUCACUAAUGUUCGUGGCUGAAUGGAAGCAAGUCCCCGCAGCAAUGUUCCAACAUCUAGUGGAAAGCCUUCCCAGAAGAGUGGAGGCUGUUAUAGCAGCAAAGGGGGGGACCAACUCCAUAUUAAUGCCCAUGAUUUUGGAAUGAGAUGUUCGACGAGCACGUGUCCACAUACUUUUGGUCAUGUAGUGUAUGUUUUCCCACGAUUGUAUUUUGAAAUAGUGAUAUACCUGGCUUGGCCUCUACUUGUCACAGACAGGCUCAACUCAACAAUAAUCUGCCCAAAUUGCACACGCUGCCUUUCCUUCUGACUGUAGGCAAUCCACAACUUAUUUAUUUUUCAAGAAGCUAAUGAUCAUGCUUUAGCCUAUUUUGAAUGAUUUUAUUUAUUUAUAUAUAUAUAUAUAUAUAUAUAUAUAUAUAUAUAUAUAUAUAUAUAUAUAUAUAUAUAUAGACAGGAUUAGGUAUUAGGCUAUAUUUUGGCAUUAAAUUUACGCACGUAACCUCCAUUCACUAUUCGAGUGCAUGCUACAGAUGACACGCUUGUUUUGGUGGGCCGUUCUAAAUCAAAAAUAAUUCCACACAUAUAUUAGUAGGCUUAGACCAGAUUAAAUUGAGAAUAGUCUGAUGGUUGACAAUAUUGUCAAGGGCUUGUGAAAUUGUGAACGAGAGACUGAUGAAGUGUGUGCAGCCUGCGAAAGAAACAGAGCAGAGCUCGUGCCUUUAGAGUCGCAUCAUGCAGCCUUAGAAUGUAUAAAAAAUCUAAACAUAUAGCCUAAUGUUUAUAUCCCAACUAAAGUUAAACAAAUAACUCUAAAUUAUGCAUAUAGGAUUCUUAACGCUGAACACAGAAGAGUGUGCACUUCCUCUGAAAUUCUUUGGGGAAUAUUUUUAUUUAUUUCAGCUAUGUUCAAUUGUCUUCUUACUAUUAAAAAAAAUAUAUACACACAAAAUAAUGCCACGGAAUUUGCUUAGAAUAAUGAAACGGAAUUCUAAGCAAAUCUUUGUCUGCUAAAUGAACUAGUGUAGCCCACAGCCAUUUGGCAUAGCCAGAUCAGGACCUAACAUAAGGACAACUCAGAGUAUGCUAUUCUGUUCUUCUGAAAUAGACUACAUUUUCUUCAUAUCAUGUUUCUUUAGACCUGUCUAAAAUAAAUAAUGGAUUUAUUGUGAUGGUGUAGGCUAUAUUAAAUGGAUUUAUUAUACUUUUUAAAAAUGUAUAUUGUUUCAAAAAAGGUCCACAUCAGUGGCUUGUAGGCUAUGCAUGGAGCCAGGAGAUGCUAAACAUGUUUUGGUUAAUUACCGGUCAGUUACCAUGGAGACCGGUAGUUAUUUGUAUGACAAUCACUGGCUGACAUGGACGCCGCACCCCAGAGCAGUAGUAAGGCUUCUCUCCUGUGUGUAUACGUUCAUGUGUUUUAAAAGUGGCCAAGUCGAGAGAAACUCUUUCCACAGCCAGAGCAGGAGUAAGGCUUCUCUUGUAUGUAUACGUUGGUGUGUUUUUAAGUGUCCCAGUUGAGAGAAACUCACCCCACAGUGAGAGCAGGUUUAAGGCUUCUCUCUUGUAUGUAUACGUUCAUGUGUUUUUAAGUGUCCCAGUCGAGAGAAACUCACCCCACAGUGAGAGCAGGUGUAAGGCUUCUCUCCUGUGUGUGUUCUCUGAUGAACUUUUAGCCCAGUUGAUGUUUUAAAACAUUUUCUACAGUCAGAGCAGUAAUAAGGCUUCUCUCCUGUGUGUAUACGUUCAUGUGUUUUUAGGUUGCCCAGUUGCGAGAACCUUGCCCCGCAGUCAGAGCAGAAGUAAGGCUUCUCUCCUGUGUGUGUUCUCUGAUGAACUUUUAGCUCAGUUGAUGUUGUGAAGAAUUUUACACAGUCAGCGCAGUAAUAAGGCUUCUCUCCUGUAUGUAUACUUUCAUGUGUUUUUAAGUGGCCCAGUCGAGAGAAACUUGCCCCACAGUCAGAGCAGGAGUAAGGCUUCUCUCCUGUGUGAGUUCGCUGAUGAACUUUUAGCUCAGUUGAUGUUGUGAAGCAUUUUCCACAGUGAGAACAGGAGUAAAGCUUCUCUCCUGUAUGUAUACGUUCAUGUGUUUUUAAGGUAUCCAAUCGGGAGAAAUUCUUCCCACAGUCAGAGCAGGAGUAAGGCUUCUCUCCUGUGUGAAUACGUUGGUGUUUUUUUAAAGUCCCCAGUUGAGCAAAACUCUCCCCACAAUCAGAGCAGCAGUAAGGCUUCUCUCCUUUAUGUAUACUUUGGUGUCUUUUUAAAUGGCUCAGUCGAGAGAAACUCUUCCCACAGUCAGAGCAGGAGAAAGGCUUUUCUCCUGUGUGCACUCUCUGAUGAACUGUCAGAGAUUGUGAUGUUGUGAAUCUCUUUCGACAUUCAGUACAGGAAUACAGAUUCUCGCCUGUGUGUAUUUGUAGGUGUAUUUUUAGCUUUGAUAGAAAUGGGAAAAUCUCCUCACAAUGUGGGCAGUGGUGAGACCUCUUAGCUCUGUGAUCUUCCUGCUGUUGCUCUCUGGAUGUAGAGAAUGUCUCAACAUGGUCUCCUGUGUGAACAACAUCAGAAGAACCAGUCAGUUGGCGUUAUAUACAUAUGACUUCAUAUCCUCUUCUGGCUGUACCGGGUGACAUAUGUAUUCAUAUCAGUAGGAUGUACAAUACAAAGGAGAAUAAAACUAUUCUAAAAGUGGGUGAUAGUCGAGGGAAAAAAGGGGUGAAAAUUAUCACAAGGGUUAGUAACUACAGUGCCUUGCAAAAGUAUUCAUCCCCCUUGACGUUUUUCCUAUUUUGUUGCAUUACAACCUGCAAUUUCUAUGGAUUUCUUUUUGGAUUUCAUGUAAUGGACAUACAUAAAAUAGUCGAACUUGGUGAAGUGAAAAAAAUUACUUGUUUCAGAAAAUAACGGAAAAGUGGUGCGUGCAUAUGUAUUCACCCCCUUUGCUAUGAAGCCCCUAAAUAAGAUCUGGUGCAACCAAUUACCUUCAGAAGUCACAUAAUUAGUUAGAUUGCACACAGGUGGACUUCAUUUAAGUGUCACAUGAUCUCAGUAUAUAUACACCUGUUCUGAAAAGGUCCCAGAGUCUGCAACACCACCAAGCAAGCGGCACCAUGAAGACCAAUGAGCUCUCAAAACAGGUCAGGGACAAAGUUGUGGAGAAGUACAGAUCAGGGUUGGGUUAUAAAAAAAAAUCUGAAACUAUGAACAUCCCACGGAACACCAUUAAAUCCAUUAUUAAAAAAUGGAAAGAAUAUGGCACCACAUCAAACCUGCCAAGGGAGGGCCGCCCACCAAAACUCACAGACCAGGCAAGGAGAGCAUUAAUCAGAGAGGCAACAAAGAGACCAAAGAUAACCCUGAAGGAGCUGCAAAGCUCCACAGCGGAGAUUUGGAGUAUCUGGCCAUAGGACCACUUUAUGCCGUACACUCCACAGAGCUGGGCUUUACGGAAGAGUGGCUAGAAAAAAAGUCAUUGGUUAAAGCAAAAAAUAAGCAAACACGUUUGGUGUUCGCCAAAAGCCAUGUGGGAUACUCCGCAAACAUAUGGAAGAAGGUACUCUGGUCAGAUGAGACUAAAAUUGAGCUUUUUAGCCAUCAAGGAAAACGCUAUGUCUGGCGCAAACCCAACACCUCUCAUCACCCCGAGAACACCAUCCCCACAGUGAAGCAUGGUGGUGGCAGCAUCAUGCUGUGGGGAUGUUUUUCCAUCGGCAGGGACUGGGAAACUGGUCAGAAUUGAAGGAAUGAUGGAUGGCGCUAAAUACAGGGAAAUUCUUGAGGGAAACCUGUUUCAGUCUUCUAGAGAUUUGAGACUGGGACGGAGGUUCACCUUCCAGCAGGACAAUGACCCUAAGCAUACUGCUAAAGCAACACUCGAGUGGUUUAAGGGGAAACAUUUAAAUGUAUUGGAAUGGCCUAGUCAAAGCCCAGACCUCAAUCCAAUUGAGAAUCUGUGGUAUGACUUAAAGAUUUCUGUACACAAGCGGAACCCAUCCAACUUGAAGGAGCUGGAGCAGUUUUGCCUUGAAGAAUGGGCAAAAAUCCCAGUGGCUAGAUGUGCCAAGCUUAUAGAGACAUACCCCAAGAGACUUGCAGCUGUAAAUGCUGCAAAAGGCGGCUCUAAAAAGUAUUGACUUUGGGGGGGGGGGGGGGGGGUGAAUAGUCAUGCACGCUCAAGUUCUGUUUUUUUGUCUUAUUUCUUGUUUGUUUUACAAUAAAAAAUAUUUUGCAUCUUCAAAGUGGUUUUGUUGUGUAAAUCAAAUUAUACAAACCCCCCAAAAAAUCCAUUUUAAUUCCAGGUUGUAAGGCAAUAAAAUAGGAAAAAUGCCAAGGGGGGUGAAUCCUUUCGCAAACCACUGUACAUAGACUCAUUUUCAUAGAACUUCUAAACACUGGCAGUUUGUCUACUUCACUUUUUUAGUCUACUCUCUGAUCACUCCAGAUAGCCCAGCGAAUAAAACACAUGCUGGCAAUACUGGUGUCAAACCAUGCAAGUCUCAGUAGCAUUAAAUAACAUCUACCUUCUCAUGGAAACAGUGAAUCAUAAAACAGUACUGCGACUUUUCAUGCAGUGGAAAGUUUGAAAUACCAAAACAAACUUAGAUAGAAGGUGUCACGUUAACGCAGAAUUCUGAAUUUUUCACGCAGAAAAAAAAAAAAAAACGCAUAGGAAAUGUCUUGUUGCGUUUUGUAGACACAGAUCUAAAAUGCUUCUUAUUUUAUUAUUUUAUAUUAUAUUUCUUAUUAUUUCUUACACUUCUUAUUGUAUCAUGUGCCACAGUUGUCCACUUCUCCACUCGGAUGAGAAUUCACAAAAAGCAGGCAGCGCUCUGACUGAUGUGUGCAUUUUAAUGAGGGAAAUAAGCAUUUGACCCCUCUGCAAAACAUGACUUAGUACUUGGUGGCAAAACCCCUGUUGGCAAUCACAGAGGUCAGACGUUUCUUGUAGUUGGCCACCAGGUUUGCACACAUCUCAGGAGGGAUUUUGUCCCACUCAUCUUUGCAGAUCUUCUCCAAGUCAUUAAGGUUUCGAGGCUGAAGUUUUUUGGUAACUCAAACCUUCAGCUCCUUCCACAGAUUUCCUAUGGGAUUAAGGUCUGGAGACUGGCUAGGCCACUCCAGGACCUUAAUGUGCUUCUUCUUGAGCCACUCCUUUGUUGCCUUGGCCGUGUGUUUUGGGUCAUUGCCAUGCUGGAAUACCCAUCCAAAACCCAUUUUCAACACCCUGGCUGAGGGAAGGAGGUUCUCAUCCAAGAUUUGACGGUACAUGGCCCCGUCCAUCGUCCCUUUGAUGUGGUGAAGUUGUCCUGUCCCCUUAGCAGAAAAACACCCCCAAAGCAUAAUGUUUCCACCUCCAUGUUUGACGGUGGGGAUGGUGUUCUUGGGGUCAUAGGCAGCAUUCCUCCUCAUCCAAACACGGCGAGUUGAGUUGAUGCCAAAAAGCUCGAUUUUGGUCUCAUCUGACCACAACACCCAGUUCUCCUCUGAAUCAUUCAGAUGUUCAUUGGCAAACUUCAGACGGCCCUGUAUAUGUGCUUUCUUGAGCAGGGGGACCUUGCGGGCGCUGCAGGAUUUCAGUCCUUCACGGCGUAGUGUGUUACCAAUUGUUUUCUUGGUGACUAUGGUCCCAGCUGCCUUGAGAUCAUUGACAAGAUCCUCCCGUGUAGUUCUGGGCUGAUUCCUCACCGUUCUCAUGAUCAUUGCAACUCCACGAGGUGAGAUCUUGCAUGGAGCCCCAGGCCGAGGGUGAUUGACAGUUCUUUUGUGUUUCUUCCAUUUGCGAAUAAUCGCACCAACUGUUGUCACCUUCUCACAAAGCUGCUUGGCGAUGGUCUUGUAGCCCAUUCCAGCCUUGUGUAGGUCUUCAAUCUUGUCCCUGACAUCCUUGGAGAGCUCUUUGGUCUUGGCCAUGGUGGAGAGUUUGGAAUCUGAUUGAUUGAUUGCUUCUGUGGACAGGUGUCUUUUAUACAGGUAACAAACUGAGAUUAGGAGCACUCCCUUUAAGAGUGUGCUCUAAUCUCAGCUCGUUACCUGUAUAAAAGACACCUGGGAGCCAGAAAUCUUUCUGAUUGAGAGGGGGUCAAAUACUUAUUUCCCUCAUUAAAAUGCAAAUCAAUUUAUAACAUUUUUUACAUGCGUUUUUCUGGAUUUGUUUGUUGUUAUUCUGACUCUCACUGUUCAAAUAAACCUACCAUUAAAAUUAUAGACUGAUCAUUUCUUUGUCAGUGGGCAAACGUACAAAAUCAGCAGGGGAUCAAAUACUUUUUCCCCCCUCACUGUGGCAAAUUUUCUCAGGUAAAAUGCAAGAUUAACUUCAAGCAACACAUUAGAUUAGAAAAUAUAGCUGGCUACAUUUUGUCUAUGAUAUAAAUUCAAAAAAUGAUGGCCAGGCAUUGUUUUUCCCAAAAAAUACUUUGUUUUUUCAUUGUAAGCUCAUUUACUUGUGUGGCUGCUAGCCAAUUAUCAAUUAGCACUGCACUUCUGUUGUCAUCCGAUGAAAAUGAAGCUAUAUUCUGCCGAACGUGUUGCACUAAUGUGCUUUUUUUGCGAAGGAAAACGAACUACAGUUGCACGUCCCUGAUCAUUCUAUUGAAACAAGAAACACUUUACUUUCAAUAUAAAACGCAGGUGAAAUGGGUUUAAAACACAGCUUUUUUUUGGGAUAGUCUGCGUUUUGACCCCUAGAUAGAGCCUGUCUAAAAACCUGUUUUUGCUUUGUCAUUAUGGGGUAUUGUGUGUAGAUUGAUGAAAAAAACAACAACAUUUAAUCCAUUUUAGAAUAAGGCUGUAACGUAACAAUAUGUGGAAAAAGUGAAGGGGUCUGAAUACUUUUCUGCUCUUACUCCUGGGUCAUAACUUAUGGAGGUCUAACUUAUGAAGAUAAGUACAGGUUCUAUCUAGAAGUUACCGUGACAAACAGAUUUACCAAUCUCCUCCUCCUCCUCUUCAUCUUUAAUGUUGAUGACGUUCAGCUCCAGUGUUUGACUGCAGUCUUCCAGCUUCACUGAUGCCAUCUCUGGAUCCUGCAGUGCAAACUGGGCUCCACUGUCACAAUCAGGACCCAGUGACUGUAGGUUUGGACUGGAAGGAGAGAGGCAGGCUGGGUUUGUCCUCACUGUUGAUGUUACCGGCCUCAGAUGUAAUUCUAGUCGUCCUGUAGUAAUAAAGAGAAACGGACAUAAAAAGUUAUUGUCUUGACAGUUCCUGCACUUUCUUUAUUCUCUAAAAUAUAUAUUUUUUCUUAUUCAAUCUAAUUUCAAUAGAUCAGGUAGCUAAGACUUGACAAAACAAUUAUUUUCACAUUAGACAACUGCACACUUUUAAGUGUACAUUACCUAUAGCAGAUUUCAGAAAAUUCAAAUAAAUGCAUAAUUGACUAAAUCCAUCUAGUAUAAGGUUGCAGUUUGUGUUAGGCAGCACUAUUUACAUUUUAGUCAUUUAGCAGACGCUCUUAUCCAGAGCGACUUACAGUUAGUGAGUGCGUACAUUUUCAUACUGGCCCCCCGUGGGAAACGAACCCACAACCCUGGCGUUGCAAGCGCCAUGCUCUACCAACUGAGCUACACGGGGACUCUGUACUAUUCUACUGAAUAACCUUGUCUUCAAUGUAUUAUUUCAAUCAAAAACCAAAUUGUAUUUCCUGUUCACACCAUAGUAACAAUUAUAAAGAUAGCAACAACUGAAUGUGUCUGAAUAUUAGUACAUCUGUAGACAACUGAUAAACAUUACAUUCAACUUCAAAACAGUAGUGAGACUGUGAAAUGUUGUCUCUCUGAUGCACCGGCACUGCUAGCCUCUUCGCUUCGGGAGACCUGUAACGCUACACAUUCAUCUCCCGUCGCUGAAGGCCGCAUCCCGUAACCAGAAAACAUAUUUACCAGCCCUCUGGUUGACCUAUUUCCCAGAAACUUUUCCCGUCACCGAAGGCAAGUCUACAAUCUGGAAGGCCUUACCAGUCAUUUCGGGCAAUAAAAUGUGUGAAACAAAACGUUUAUAUCCAACUUCCAAGUUCUUGCUAGCUAACCAAAUCACACCUGCAUCUCUGUGUAUAGCCACCAAAAAAAUGAUGAGGGGAAAAGGUCAGUCACUUCCCCACUCCUCCAAUGGCAUGACAUCUUCCUAGCAGCUAGCUAGCUAUCGAGCUAACGUUAGGCUCUGUGUUUUUAGCUUGCUACAUAAACAGAUACGCUAGUCUAUUAGCCACGUUAUGACUGAUUUGUGAUCAUUGCCCUUGCUAGUUUGAUUGUAUUCACAUUCCCAGCCUUAGUAUUUAAAAUUGUAUUUAUUUAUUUAAUAUUUAAAACAUACAGUCUACUGGCAGUGAAGCCGCUCAACAUCUACAUCACAUUAGUCAUCUAACAGACUCCCAACCAGCGCGACACACAGAAGCAACCAGGGUCAACGCCUUGCUCAAGGGCACGUCGACAGAUCUCCCACAAGGUCAAAAAACGGGGAACUGAACCAGCGAUCCAUGAUCCCCCCCCCCCCACAGUACCCCAAGAGUUGCCCCUCAACCAUCUGAGACCCCCCACAGUCCCCUCCUGAGAAAAAUUAUAAUUCCAUCCAAUUUUAGAUCAAUGUUAUGCAUUUUCAGCCAUUCCUGAACCUGAGACCAGAAACAGGCUCCCUGAGGGCAACACCAAAAUAAAUGGUCUAUUGAUUCUGUAUCCCCACAACAAAAUCUGCAGAGCUUCGAUGAUUGUAUGCCCCCAAAUAUUCAACAUUUUGUUGGUGGCAAGAAUUCUGUAUAAUAAUUUUAGCUGAAAAGCACAAAGUCUUGAAUCUUGCGUCGUUUUAUAUAUAUCAACUCAUACACCCUGUACCAUGGAAUCGGCACAACAAAAAUCUCUUCCCAACUAUUUUGUCCAGAAUAUUGAGUCGUUGAAACUGAAACAGUGCAUCCCGAAUGAAUUCAGCAAACAAACUUUAGGUCACCGGUUACUUUGUGUGCUAAAACAUGAAAUGUUUUUUGGAAUGGGAAGUAAUAGUUGUACAUUUCGAUUGGGAAAUGCUUAAUGGUCGUGUUUUUGUAUUCUUCUGAUUGGGACCUACUGGCUUAUUACGUCAGAGUUUAUGGACUGUUUAUCCUUUAACUAUGCAGCGGUGAAGUGGUGCCUGGAGAAGUUAACUAUGCAGCGGUGAAGUGGUGCCUGGAGAAGUAUACUCUAAUUUGGUCAAAAAGUUUCCAAACACCCUGCAAAGGAAAAUCACCCGGUCUGAAAAAUCCUAUAUUUUCCUGCUUUUUAAAAAUGUUUUCUUUCUCUUUCACUCUCAAAAAUAAAGAAUAUAAACAUUUGAUUGUCUAAGUCCACAACAAUGCUUAAACCACAUCAAUAGGAUUGUCCUGUCUGGGUCUGGCUCCUCUGUGGGUGGGCCUUCUCCGGGUCUGGCUCCUCUGUGGGUGGCCUGUCUGGGUCUGGCUCCUCUGUAGGAUUGUCCUGUCUGGGUCUGGCUCCUCUGUGGGUGGGCCUUCUCCGGGUCUGGCUCCUCUGUGGGUGGGCCUUCUCCGGGUCUGGCUCCUCUGUGGGUGGGCCUGUCUGGGUCUGGCUCCUCUGUGGGUGGGCCUUCUCCGGGUCUGGCUCCUCUGUGGGUGGCCUGUCUGGGUCUGGCUCCUCUGUGGGUGGGCCUUCUCCGGGUCUGGCUCCUCUGUGGGUGGGCCUUCUCCGGGUCUGGCUCCUCUGUGGGUGGGCCUGUCCGGGUCUGGCUCCUCUGUGGGUGGGCCUUCUCUGGGUCUGGCUCCUCUGUGGGUGGGCCUUCUCUGGUCUGGCUCCUCUGUGGGUGGGCCUGUCUGGGUCUGGCUCCUCUGUGGGUGGGCCUUCUCCGGGUCUGGCUCCUCUGUAGGUGGCCUGUCUGGGUCUGGCUCCUCUGUGGGUGGGCCUGUCUGGGUCUGGCUCCUCUGUGGGUGGGCCUGUCUGGGUCUGGCUCCUCUGUAGGUGGCCUGUCUGGGUCUGGCUCCUCUGUGGGUGGGCCUGUCUGGGUCUGGCUCCUCUGUGGGUGGCCUGUCUGGGUCUGGCUCCUCUGUGGGUGGGCCUUCUCCGGGUCUGGCUCCUCUGUAGGUGGCCUGUCUGGGUCUGGCUCCUCUGUGGGUGGGCCUGUCUGGGUCUGGCUCCUCUGUGGGUGGGCCUGUCUGGGUCUGGCUCCUCUGUAGGUGGCCUGUCUGGGUCUGGCUCCUCUGUGGGUGGGCCUGUCUGGGUCUGGCUCCUCUGUAGGUGGGCCUGUCUGGGUCUGGCUCCUCUGUAGGUGGGCCUUCUCCGGGUCUGGCUCCUCUGUAGGUGGGCCUUCCCCGGGGUCUGGCUCCUCUGUAGGUGGGCCUUCUCCGGGUCUGGCUCCUCUGUGGGUGGGCCUUCUCCGGGUCUGGCUCCUCUGUAGGUGGCCUGUCUGGGUCUGGCUCCUCUGUAGGUGGCCUGUCUGGGUCUGGCUCCUCUGUGGGUGGGCCUUCUGUGGGUGGGCCUUCUCCGGGUCUGGCUCCUCUGUGGGUGGGCCUUCUCCGGGUCUGGCUCCUCUGUGGGUGGGCCUUCUCCGGGUCUGGCUCCUCUGUGGGUGGGCCUUCUCCGG